CAUAUACCUCUAAAUACAUCUUUCAAAUCCAAACAGAUGAACCAAUCUUUCGUUUUUUCAAAUCAUCCACAAUGGCUAAGGUUAAGGAAUUCAUGGUUAUGUUCUUCAACAACCGAUGGCUUGUAUUUGUGGUGGCAAUGUGGGUACAAUCAUGCGCCGGCAUCGGAUACUUGUUCGGAAGUUUAUCCCCGGUGAUUAAGAGCUCCUUAAACUACAAUCAAAGGCAGGUCGCAAGGUUGGGUGUUGCUAAAGAUCUCGGGGAUAGUGUUGGGUUUUUGGCCGGAACUCUGUCGGAGAUAUUGCCCUUAUGGGCUGCCCUUCUUGUUGGCGCCAUUAAGAACUUCAUUGGUUAUGGUUGGGUCUGGCUCAUCGCCACCCACAGAGUACCAACGUUACCGUUAUGGGUUAUGUGCAUUCUCAUAUUUGUCGGAACCAAUGGCGAGACCUACUUCAACACAGUGGCACUAGUGGCAUGCGUUCAAAACUUCCCGAGAAGCCGUGGACCAGUCGUCGGAAUACUAAAGGGAUUUGCAGGGUUGGGUGGUGCAAUUUUGACUCAGAUAUACGCAUCCAUCAAUUGGCCUGAUCGCGCCUCACUCAUAUUCAUGGUUGCAGUUGGACCAUCCAUGGUGGUUAUAUCUCUUAUGUUUAUCGUCCGCCCAGUCGGAGGCCACAAACAACUCCGAUCACUGGAUGGAUCAAGUUUCUCGUUUAUUUAUUGUGUAUGCCUCAUUUUAGCUGCGUAUCUCAUGGGGGUUAUGCUUGUGGAGGAUUUAUUAGAUCUGAACCAGACCAUAGUUCGAAUUUUCACUCUGGUUUUGUUCUUGCUGGUAAUCGCACCAAUCAUGAUCCCAAUACAAAUGACGCUUUCCCGUGACCCACUCGACCCAAAAGAAGAAUCUCUUCUAGCCUCACCAAGAACCAAUAAUGAACCUGCAAAACCCGAAUCCGAACCAGAUCCUAACGAUUUUAUAUUUAGCGAACUGGAAGACGAAAAGCCUCAAGAGGUCGACCUGCUUCCUGCUUCAGAGAGACAAAAAAGACUUGCUCAACUACAAACAAAGUUAGCACAAGCAGCUGCAAGAGGAGCUGUUAUGGUCAAGAGAAGAAGAGGACCACAUAGAGGGGAAGACUUCACCCUCACACAGGCUCUGGUGAAAGCAGACUUCUGGCUAAUCUUCUGGUCGCUAUUACUAGGGUCUGGUUCUGGGUUGACCGUGAUUGAUAAUUUAGGUCAAAUGAGUCAGUCUUUGGGGUAUGAGAAACCCCACAUAUUUGUUUCCAUGAUCAGCAUCUGGAACUUUUUAGGUCGUGUUGGUGGGGGGUAUUUCUCAGAGAUCGUGGUGAGGGAGUAUGCUUAUCCACGACCUGUAGCCAUGGCGGUUGCACAGGCGGUGAUGGCGAUUGGUCAUUUAUUCUUUGCCAUGGGUUGGCCCGGUGCAAUGUACAUUGGUACAUUGUUAAUUGGUGUAGGCUAUGGAGCCCAUUGGGCUGUUGUCCCCGCCGCUACAUCUGAGCUUUUUGGGUUGAAAAAGUUUGGUGCUUUAUACAAUUUUAUGACACUAGCCAACCCUGCCGGUUCACUAGUCUUCUCUGGCGUCCUUGCCAGUUCUAUAUAUGACAGGGAAGCAGAGAAGCAAGCUCAACACAGGAAUCAACGUUUUAAUAAGCUUUUUGUUGGGGAUGAGCCUUUGAAGUGCGAGGGCUCGGUAUGCUUUUGUACGACUUAUAUUAUCAUGUCUGCAUUGUGUGUCAUAGCGGUUGUUUUAAGUAUGAUACUGGUGCGUCGAACUAAGGUUGUCUACCAGCAUUUAUAUGGGAAAACCCGAGGUUGAAGCAUCCCCAUCCCCAUGGCUGCCUUUGUUUCAAAAAAAUCAAAACGUCAUUACAAAAUUAGUUAUUGGGGUUUAGUUUGUUCUUUGUUGUAUUAAUUUCAUUAAAUUUUGUUCUACACCACUUACUUAUACAUCUUUCAUGC